UACAAGAUGGGCAUUUGUGGAGGCAGACCUAAAAGCUAGGAAGACUAAGUUCACAAACUGAGUCAACCUAUCAUAACCAAUGGUGAGUUGCAGAUUAAGGUAUUGCUAAAGAACAUCACUUUGAAAAUGACUGGUGUAAGACAAUGCUCGAUUGAAUUUGAUUUGGGGUAGUGUAAGUACACAUCACCGGUGCACAUAGAUAAUAAUGGAGAUCAUUAUGUAUUAAAUUCAUAGAAGGAAGUGGCGAGCUAGUUUUGAUGGAACCUUAAAGAUGACUGAGUAGUAGAUGCGAGAAUCCAAUAUGAAAAUUUCAGUGAUUGACAAUUAAGUAAUUGGAUCAGCAACCAUCAAUUUAUUUGAAGCGGCAGUAGGUCCAUUUCACUUUCAACUACCAAUCCGAGGCUAAAAUAUGGGCAAUGUUAGUUUUGAUUUGAAAAUGAAUCAAGUAUUGUAGGCAACACUCUAAAGUAAGUUUAUUAUCUGGGAAUUAAACUAAAGUCUCAGUGAUGUUAGAUACAACUAUAAUUUGCGAUUGGUGGUAUAAAUAUCAACUAAAAUUAAAGACUUCAUAGUUCUCAUUCAUCUCUGAGCAUUCAACCACCUUUGUGAAUCCCAAUUAUAGAAAGCAAAAUGAAAAAUAGAAGAGUAUUAUAGCUUCCAGUCGUAAAAGCAUCUUAGACUAGGACAUGAUGAGAGAUUCCAUAAUAUCAUUACCGAAAAUACCGUCAAUGAUAAAUAGCAGUGGAGGUGUAAAUCAUUCUCUCGAGUCCAUCAUAGCAGCCACUCCAACAAAUAAAGGUUAAUCCCCAGCCUCAUAACCCUAUCAUAGAAUAGAGUGGGAUCAUGCUGGAGAUGAACUGACUUUAAUAGUAGAAUUACCAAUCUCGGAAUUUUAAGGUUCUGCUAUUCAAUUAUGUUUAUGGUCAAUCUCAUCUAACAAAAACAGUUUAAGUAGCAGCAAGUCUCCUCAUAAAACUAUAAUAAAAAAGACUUAAAAUAAACACGACUCAGAAUAUAUGGAUUUAGAGAUCUAGGACCAUCAUUUAGUGGCAGAAACUUAUAUUAAUUUAUCGAAUUUAGAAACUAACAUCAUUGCCGAUUUGGGAGCUAAGUUCUUUAUAAUCAAAAGUCAAUAGGCUAAAUCAAUAUGGUAUCAUGGUGUAGAGGUUGGUAAAAUUGAUUAUGAAAUAAGUGUAAGAUUACCCAAUUAUUUAUAAUAAUCAUCAUUUGGAGUUUAGACAGAAAAGGGUAUUGUAUCAACUGCAUCUGUGGUUGGGAGUGUUGAGAAUAUAAGUGUAACAGAGAUUAAGAUGAUUCAAAUUGAGUUUCAGAAAUUAUCAAGUUCUAUUUUUAAGAUUGAGCACAAAACCUUAAACAUGGAAGAUAAGUUAAAGGUUCGUUCAGAUAUGGAUCAAUAACUUAGUAAGUUGGCUCAAUUAUUGGGACAAUCUCAUGGUACCAAUAUUAAGACAUUCCAAUACAAAUCUGAGGAUGAUUUAAUGAAAGCCUAAGAUUUAUUGAUUCAAUUGUCUAUCCAUUUGGUGGAUUAUUCAAAGACUUUGGCAUCUUUCAAUUCCUAUUUUGAAUGUUUGAAUUAGGUACUAAGCAGAGGAGAAUUGAUGCUAUAAUAAUUAGGGUUUUUUAAAGCUUUGAAUAAGAAGCAAUCUGAAUUCAAAACAGAGGUUGGUUUGAAUUAUUAAUCAUUUUUGGUGAACACACUUCGAUUCACAUUAUCUAAAUUAAAUCAAAAAGAUCCUAGUCAAGAGGCGAGAUAAUUAUAUAUAAAAUUUUUAGUGAUCAGCUAUUUUCGAAUUCCAGAAUUCAGAGCAAAAUUUUUAGAAUUAAUUAAUAAAGCUGAUGAUCCUUAGUUGUUGGAAUUGAGAGGAACUGAAUUUAUACAGGAAGAUGACCCCACAAAUAUUGAUAAAAGUACUAAAACCAAUAUCUCAAUUUUCGAUUGGUAGAAUUAUUUUCACACUUAUCUAUCUGAUAAGAGCAAAGGAAUUCAAAAUUAAUCAGCUUUGAAUCAAAUAUUAGAUGAUGAAAGUUGGAAGGAGCAUAUUAGACAUAGAUCAAUAAAUUUCAGUUUUUUUGUAGAAGAAUGGGCUAAGUAUGUGAGGAAUAUUUUGUAAGUGAAAAUACUUCCUUGGUAAGACAUCCCAGGUUAUAGAAUUUUGGUUAAAGCAUUUAUGUGUGAACUGAAAUAGUAGGAAUCUAUUCCUGAUGCAAUGAAAAUAGCUUUGAAAAGUUUGCUUUAGAAUGUGAAUUUAUUAGGAAUAGUAGUGAGUUUGCAAUUCAAUAAAACAAAGUACUUUAUAUUCUUAAUAAAAGUCUAUACAAUGCGGAAUAAGUGAUAGAAACCUUUGAAAUUUUAGAUAUUUGUUUUGGUACAUUGACUACCAUGCCUGCUUACUUCGAUUAUCCAUUUUUCUUGAAAGGAAUUAAAUAAAUCAUAAUUGAAUCAGAACAUGCAAUAAAUAUUGCUAAAUGUGUUUGGCUUAUUUACAACAUUUAUCCAUUAUUUUCAAGUAACAUAUAUUAAUCUAAGAAAGUGGACUUUAAGAAGGACAUAUGUGAAUUUUUAUUUGAAAAGGCAGUGUUCAAAUUGUUUUUGCAUUGGAGUAGGACAGUGAGAUUGGUAUUUCAUUACUUUUUACUGUAUCGAGUAUCUCAUUAACAUAAAAAUCCAAAAGUAGGAGGUUUGGACGAAGAGUAAGUACUUAAUGAUAAUGGUUAGAUAGAUUAUACAGCAAUACACGUUGAUUAAUAGGCCAAAGAAGAAUUAGAGUUACUUCGAGAACAGGUAGCCACAAUAACAAUUGAUUGUAAGGUGUGUGAAUAUUGAUUUAGUCUGAUUAUAUCUACAUGAAAUACUUGAGAUUCCUAAGCAAAUUGGAACAAGCCAAGAUUAAUGAGAAUCAGAGAGAAUAUUAAUAGGAUCAUCAAAGUUAUUAUCUAAAGAUGGUGCAUAAGAAAUUGAGAAAAGAAUAGGAGUUAAAGAUGCAACAACAGGAGGAACCAAAAAUGAUGGAGUAGUUGAAAUUAGAGAGAAUGAUUUCAGAAUAGGACGAAUCCUAAUAAAAGUAGAAUUAAUUAAAGCCAGUGAUCGUUCCUCGACCAGUUAUGCACAAGAAGUUGAGUUGUAAGAAAUAAUUGAUAAUAAUAUAGAUAAACAUGAAGUUGAGAUUAACGAGAUGCAAUAGCAGUACUUACGACUAUCCAUUCGGGAAUUCGAGGAAUAAUUAAAGAAUUAUAAUAAUUGGAGAUAACAAAAUUUAAAGAAAAUGAUCGGCAAAUACAGUGAAGAAGGUAAUAGAUUUGAUCAUUCUAGAUAAACACACAAUUCACCUGAGUUUUGAGGUGCCCAAAGUUGAUGUUCUAAAGAGAAUAGACGAAAAGGAGGGUGCUUGA